AUGCUGCCUCUUGAUGUGAUGCUGCGUGAUCGUUUCGUUUGCGGUCUUCGGAACGAGCAGGUCCAGCAACGGCUGUUCGCAGAAAAGGACUUGACAUUCAAGAGAGCCUUUGACAUUGCACUGCGAGCUGAAAACGCCGUCGAUAAUCAGAAAAAUGUGAAAACGGAAUUCAAAGAGAUUCAUGAAGCCUGCACAAGUAUCGGCAAGACAGAAAAUCAACGUCACUCGAGUGCCUCUGCCCAAAAGAAGAAACAACACUGUUGGCGUUGUGACGCGCAGCAUAGUCCGGACACUUGCAAGUUUCAGACAGCUUCCUGCGACUACUGCAAGAAACGCGGACACAUUGAAAAGGCCUGCCUGAAAAAGCGGAAAGAGGCAAGAACAAACAACAACAUCGAAUUUCCCCGACAAGGAACUUCGACAGUGGCCUCAGCACCAGUCACGACUCCAAAGGAUUCACCAGACGUGGCACUUUACGAGCUCAACACCUUAAUCGACGUGUCCAGCAUGCAGAAGGUCAUGACUCAACUACGGAUACAUGGCAAGACCUUGGAGUUCGAAGUCGACUCGGGUGCAGCCUGCACACUCAUCAGUGAGGCCACGUUCAAAGCUACGUGGACAGAUGACCCACCGCAGCUUCAAAUGGACAACAUUCUCCUACGCACAUGGUCAGGCCAGUCCCUCCGAGUUCUCGGAUGUGCAACGGUGGAUGUAGCGCACAAGAACAAGAAUUUCACACUACCGCUUGUUGUCAUCAAAGGAGCAAGUUGUAACCUCCUCGGACGAAACUGGUUUCCUCAUCUGGGUAUUCAGAUCACGGGCAUCAAUGACGUAUCAGACGACAAACUUGUUUCGAAGCUUCUAGACAAGUACCAGUCUGUGUUCGACGAGGACAUCUCAGGACACGUCGGUCCUGCGGUACAACUUGAACUCGUGGAAGGAGCGAAGCCAAAGUCCCUAAAAGCACGACCAGUUCCUUUCGCGCUGCGGUUCUUGAAGAACAGGGCAACAAUUACCAGCUGUCUCUACCAGCUCCUUCAGAAGGACGCCACGUGGAGACGGGAGACCAAGCAUCAAGAAGCAUUCGAUAAACUGAAGAGAUUGCUUCUCAGUCAGACCGUACUGGCACACUACGACGAACAGAAGGAGCUUCUCGUCUCAUGCGACGCUUCACCGUAUGGCAUAGGAGCUGUUCUGUCUCAACGUGAUGACCAGAAUAGAGAGGCGCCAAUCGCUUUCGCAUCUCGGACGCUAGGGACAGCGGAACGCAAUUAUGCUCAGUUGGACAGAGAAGGCCUUGCCGUAGUGUUUGCUGCACACAAGUUCCACAAGUAUAUUGCGGGAAGAAAGGUGACUUUCGUCACGGACCAUCAACCGCUCCUCGGCAUACUGGGUCCAGGGAAGCCAACGGCUCAAGUCCUGUCACCACGGAUGACCAGAUGGUGCAUCAAGUUGUCGGCCUAUGACUACAACAUCGUCUACAGGCAUGGCAAGAACCAUCAAAAUGCGGACGCGUUGAGUCGAUUGCCACUACCAGAACGUCUCGAUGAACCCUGGCCACCAGGCGACGUACUAUUGUUCGAAGCUUUGUCGAGACCUCCGUUCACUGCUACAGAGAUAGCACGUCUUACACAAGAAGACAGCAUCCUGCAGAGGUUGUACAAGGCAGUGCAGGAUGGCACAGUGAAGAAACUCACUGGAGAUGAGUUCACUCCUUACCGACGACGAGCGACCGCACUAGCAUUUCAUCGCGAGUGCCUCACACUUGGAUCACGGGUGAUCAUACCGAGCGCAGCACGAUCCCACGUUCUGGCACUUCUGCACGCUGGUCACCGAGGCAUGCUAGCCAUGAAGAAGUGCGCAAGGAGCUACGUAUGGUGGCCCGGAAUCGACAAGGUUAUCGAGGAAGCGGUGCGACAGUGCCGUGAAUGCCUUUCAACGCAGAAGAGCCCACCCAAAGCUCCCAUUCCCUCCUGGGACCGUCCCAAGACACCAUGGCACCCGGUGCACGUUGACUUCGCGGGGCCACUACUCGGGCGCACCUACUUGGUUGUUGUGGAUGCACACACAAAGUGGGUGGAAGUCCGGCACGUGACGCAAGCAACAUCCGCGGUUGUCAUCGAUGUGCUACGAAGCACCUUUGCUACGUUUGGCAUUCCCCGAAAGGUCGUCUCCGACAACGGAAAAGCCUUUAUUUCGAACGAGAUAAGGCAGUUCUAUACGACAAGCCAUCACCAGGCACAACACCAGGCCAUCCGCCAGGAGCGAUUCGAUGCCCAGGGACCGGUGACCGAGGAAGCCGCGGGGCGAGACCCGGACGACCAGGGCAGGAUGCAAUGGAGCGUUGUUGUACACUCACUCGGAGGGGGAGAGGGCGUGAAGGCAUACUUGGGCGCAACAGAGAAUGGGAGAAGGUUGUCAUCGCAGCAAGCGCACUGGCGACGGGAGCGGCAGGAGUGCGACUCGGCAGCCUGUGACGCGGACGUCCCGAGAAGUGGCCUGAGUCCUCGACCCGGUUCGAGUGAGGCGUCUCGGGAUGCAGCAACCGCGCACAGCCAUCACCGACGUUCCUGGCGCAAGCCCCCUUCGAAGCAAGCCGCCCGAAGACAGUCCCCGGUGGGCCACGUCGGCUCUUAG